CCACACGUGUUAUAUCUCAACGUCUAAUUCCUUGUUCAUCUAGGCGAAUUUAACUAUGGCGCAGAAGCUGAAUGUCGCUUUUGUGCACCCAGACCUGGGUAUCGGGGGUGCCGAGCGGCUUGUCGUGGACGCAGCCCUGGCACUGCAGCAGCGCGGACACACAGUGACUAUUUACACGAUGCACCACGACCCAGCGCACUGUUUUGCUGAAACGCGCGACGGCACCCUGGAUGUGCGUGUGGGCGGCAACUGGCCUAUCCCGCCGUCCCUGUUUGGCGGGCUACAUAUUUUCUGCACCAUCCUGCGGUCGCUUUUCCUAGCUCGCACCAUUAUCAGCGACCCAGUGCAAUACGAUGUCCUGUUCGUUGACCAGCUAUCGGCACCAAUCCCGCUGCUAAAGUACGCGCAAGCUCAUAUAUUCUUCUACUGCCAUUUUCCAGACAAGCUGCAGGCUAAGCGCGACUCGGUGGGACGAAGGAUCUAUCGAUGGGGGUUUGACUUGCUGGAGGAGCUGACGACGGGCGAGGCAGACGAGAUUGUGGUGAAUAGCAGGUUUACGCAGGAGACGUUCCGGAAAGCGUUCCCAAGAUUGGCCAAGGUGCCGAGGGUGCUAAUGCCGGCGCUGAAUCUGAAGGCGUACGACACCCCGGUAGAUUUGGAGGAUCCGGCAUUGCUGGCGUUGCGGACGGAGAAGGCCAUGGUGGUGUCGAUCAAUCGGUUCGAGCGCAAGAAGGACGUGCAGCUGGCAAUCGACGCGUUCACCAAUGCUCGUGGCCAGAUCAAUGACAAGGAGCUAUGUCUUGUGGUGGCCGGUGGGUGGGACCCAAAGGUAGCCGAAAACACCGAGCACCUGAAGGAGCUUGAGGCGCACGCCAAAUCGCUUGGUCUGCGCACACGCACGCCAGCAGACCCCGAGCAGCUCGCUGACGCGGACGUUCUGUUUCUGCCGUCGUUCACAGAGAACCAGCGCGCGUUCCUGCUAUCAACAGCGCUAUGCAUUCUUUACACCCCCAGCAACGAGCACUUGGGGAUCGUGCCGCUGGAGGCCAUGUACAUGCGCGUGCCCGUGGUGGCUGUAAACUCGGGCGGCCCGCGCGAGACUGUUCUGCACGGAAAGACCGGGUACCUGUGUGAGCCGGACCAGCAAGAGUUUGCAAAGGCAAUUGUCAAAAUUAUCGGCAUGUCGAACGACAAGCGCAGAGCGAUGGGUGAGCUUGGCCAUGCGCGGGUGAAGGAUGGGUUUGGACUGGACGCAUUCGGCUCCAAGCUCGAGGGCAUGUUCAGCGAUAUGCGCAAGCGCCCGCUCUAUGCGUCCUGGGUCUUGGGUGGGAUCCUGAUCCUGUUCAUUGUAUCUGUAGCUUCAUUUACACUGUUUUUAUGCUGGUAA